AAUCUCAUUCAGCGAGGAAGCAUGAGGUCUUGCAGUCUGUGCAUCGUGCUAAGUUUGGCAGUAGCAGUUUACUGCGGGCCAGUAUCACAAGUUGCUGUGCAAGAUGAACGUUUUGCAGAGAGCUACCUGAAGAAAUUCUUCAACCUAAAGGAGGAGACAGGUCCAACUGUCAGACAGCUAAUCAGCCCAGUGAGCAAUAAGCUUAGAGAGAUGCAGCGAUUCUUUGGUCUCAAGGUCACUGGGAGGCUGGAUGCUGAUACCUUAGAGAUGAUGAAGAAGCCCCGCUGUGGCGUUCCAGAUGUCAACAUUGCCAGGUUCUCCACUUUUGGAGAAAACCUCAAGUGGACUAAGAACAGCCUUACCUACAGGAUAGAGAACUACACACCUGACAUGCCAGUGUCAGAGGUCGAUGACUCCAUAGAGAAGGCACUGCAGGUUUGGGCCAAAGUCACUCCUCUGAUAUUCACAAGAAUCUACAGUGGCACCGCGGACAUCAUGAUCUCCUUUGGCCGCCAGGACCAUGGUGAUCGUUACCCCUUUGAUGGUCCUGAUGGCACUCUUGCCCAUGCCUUCGCCCCAGGACCUGGAAUUGGAGGAGAUGCUCAUUUUGAUGAAGAUGAAACGUUCACUUUCCGUUCAAACAAUGGCUACAUCCUCUUUGUGGUGGCUGCCCAUGAGUUUGGCCACUCCCUGGGCUUGUCUCACUCUGAUGAUCCUGGUGCUCUCAUGUACCCAAUGUACUCACACAGAAACCCUGACACAUUUGUUCUGCCCCAGGAUGAUGUCAACGGCAUUCAGUCUCUCUAUGGUCAAAACCCUGACAAGGAUCCUGUUAAGCCUGAACCUGAGCCCCCCACCACCCCUGAUGCCUGUGAUCCAACCAUGGUCUUGGACGCUGUCACCACCCUGCGAGGAGAGAUGCUCUUCUUCAAAGACAGUUUCUUCUGGCGUAGUACAACAACAGAGCAAAUUCCCAUCAAAAACGUCUGGCCCAGUGCCCCCGUCAACAUUGAUGCUGCUUAUGAAAGCCGACAAUCAGACAGCGUCUUACUCUUCAAAGAUCAGAAAGUGUGGGCUUUCAGUGGCUAUGAUCCUGUACCUGGCUAUCCUAAAAGUCUUACCAGUUUUGGACUGCCAGAAAAUGUGAGGAAAAUCGAUGCAGCACUCUAUGGGGAAUCUGGCAAGACUCUGUUCUUUGUAGGUAACAAUUACUACAGUUAUGAUGAGGCCAAAAGGACUAUGGACCAGGGAUUCCCCAAGCGUGUGGAUCAGACCUUCCCUGGCCUGACCAUCAAGGUGACUGCAGCUUUCCAGGACAGAGGUUUUGCUUACAUCUACAGUGGACCCUACAUGUUUGAGUACCACCUGAGGACGAGGACGUUCUACCGUGUGCUGACGAACAGCUACUUCUUGCCCUGCAGUAACUUCUAGGCCAGUUUAUUAGCUAGUUUGUUUAUGUAGCCACCCUGAAUGAAUGUACACUAACAGUACAUAUUACAUAUUCAUAUUAUUCAAAAUGUUACAUUUUAAACAGCAUUUGAAGAUUAAUAAAAUGUGAGAGGUCCCAUAAACCAACUCUAAACACAUAAUAAACAUUAUGACAGGUUUGGGCUGGCCAAAACUAACAAUAGAAAGGGAAGCAAUCAGCUCACAAAGGGCAACAGGAUCUGGAGUCUUCCCUCUACCCUAAACCAACCUUAAACUAAAACCAAGCAAACUGAAAUAAAGCCAUUGAAACAGGACUACCAGUCCCAUAGGUGACGCUGGGGACAUGUCCCCAACACUUUUUGAAUUGGCUGAUUUUGUCCCCACUACUUUUGUUAAAAACAUUCUGCAAUAUAGCUUGCAGUUAAAUAACAAAAGUGGAGGGAAGACAUCAUGCCUAAAAUACAUAAAUCAUGCCUACAUAUGUGCUGCCUCAUCAGGGAUGAUAUUACAUGAGAAAAGUUGACCUACAGGAGAAACAGAUCUGAAAACAACACAGAAUGCCUGAGA